CACACACACACACACACACACACACACACACACACACACACAUCAGCAGCCUCAUUGUCGAAACUUGGUCUAUGGAGAGAUCUGCAGCGACACCGUAGCGACGCAGGCCGACAUGGAAGAGUAUUUGCGGAGGGUCCAGAGCAGACUCGGGGCGGAUGUAUUCGAGGGUCCCAUCCAUGCUGUUUUAGGCGGGCCGGAGCCAGAUGUUGACACGGUGGCUGCAACACUGUGCUUGGCACUACACCUCAGCCAGAAGGAACCGUCAGGCGGAGUGUGCGUGCCGGUGCUCUGCGGCCGGCGAUACGACGUUGUGUUGCCCGGGGAGACGGUGAGGUAUCUGCAGCGGGUGAAAAUCUGCGAGAGCUCGCUGCUGUGGAGGGACGAUGUAGACCUUGUGAAGCUUCAUCACGACGAAAAACUCUCAGUCACGCUGCUGAGAGAUUGGCUGCUAGAUAGCUCUGAGUACCACACUUUGGAGUCCAGCAUCCUGCGAGUGGUCCAUCACGACGGGCAGCAGGACGCAGGGGAUGAUGGGGCCUCGUCCGCGGUGACAACAGUCGCCAGGGAGAUUCUUCAAGAGGCAGCGGAGCACGUCGGAGCAGCGCUGGGGGAGAUUCUCAGAGAGGCCUUGCAGCUGCAAAGUGAAGCUUUGUGGAGUAAGAGUGGCCGUCGCUCGGCCGAACUGGAGGAGCUCAUGAGAUCCUUGGAGCAGCGGAGUGAUGUCACUGCGGGUCAACAUGACUUGGAGCAGCUGCUGACUCUGGAGCUGAAGGAGUUUUGUGAUGGAGAGAUGACCAUAGCGCUCACUUCAGCGACCACCAAUACGGAGGACUGGCAUGGAUAUGUGGACGGGCUGAAAUCCUUCAGCGAACGCCACGACUAUGAUGCUCUGGUGGUUCUCCUGUCUGUCAAUAAUACAAUUCAUCAUCCCCGCCAGCAGGUGGCUGUCUACUCAAACAAUACAGAUAUCCUGAAUCAGAUCUGCUGUGAGUUGGAGGAGUCUUCCAGCUGGUCUCUUUCUGGUGAACUGGAGACCAAGGACAGUCUCCAGGUGUACCACAUCCCUAUAAACACCUCCUCAUUUUCCGGUACUCCUCCCCUGCUGGUAGAAGAAAUACACGGCCUCCUCAAGGACUUUGUUGACCGGCGGAGCUCUGUAUUAGCCUGCCACCCCAGCAGCAGAACCUCUUCCACGGAGGGAGUUGCAGGUAGCGUGGAGUUUUCCCAGGGGUCGUCUGGUAUCAAUGACAUGGAUGGUUCUGACACAGAGAGAGCCGAGGGAGGCAGCGGAGACGUGGUGGCAAUAGCAAGGGUAAUGGCAGAUGGUGAAGAGGACACAGGAGGUGCAGGAGUUGGUGCUGGCGGGGAGCUCGUGAGCCCUGACAGCGGUAUGACCACCAUCCGCAGCAGCCGCUCCUCCAAAGAGAGUUCAGUGUUCCUCAGUGAUGACAGCCCGGUGGGCGAAGUUAUAGCAGGAGGCGGGCCAGCAGCAGGACCAGGUGGACUUUUCCUCAGAAACCCUUCUCCCCUGGGGUUACUAUCCCUCUCCCCUCCUGUCCCACCUGAGAGGAGGAAACACCGCCCUAGCAGAAAUAAGAGUGACAACGUUGACCUGUUUAGUUUUGACCCUCUACACAGCAGUGACCACUCUAUGCCAACAGGAGGAGAACUGGCAAAUGCUGGAAUAAGAGCAGAUGGAGAAAAAAGAGCGGAGAGCUCCAGCUUUUCCGAACUCGAAGAACUGAGCUUGUUAGAUUUCUCUGGUCCAAAUUCACUGGGCGGGCUUGAAAGUAGAGAUUCUUCCAUUGAUAAUCAUGGUCAAAUUCAUGGGAAAUACAUGAUUGAUACCGUGGUUCCUCCAACCCCUGUCAAUAGUGUGGUAGGCAGUCGUCCACCUAGCAGUUGCGGGGUCAGAUUCUUCCCAGAAGAUGUAGUUGAAAGGAUCAACGGGCUGCAGCAUAAGGACAGUGUGUCAUCGUCACUGUCAGAGACCUGGGAUGAUCUUGGCUUUGAAACACAAGGAGCAUCAACCUCAAGUGAUAAUAAUGUCUGGAAUAGGAUCAAGGAAUCUGAGAGUCCACUGAAUAUUCUGGAAGAUGUUAGCAGGAAAGAGUCAGUUGAUGAUAUGACAGGAGAAGAAGGCAGAGAGGAAAUUGUACAGUCGGAGAGAGUCCACCAGAGAGGAAAAGUCCUUGAACCCCAGCUUAGUCUGAUCACUGAGCAGACUGAAUCAUAUGACAACUGGAACCUUGAUAAUGCACUGAAGGAUGAAUGGAACCCCGUUACGUUGGCAUGUCUGCAGCUGACACCACCAGAGGAGGACGUAGCUGGAAAAUGGAGGGCUGCCAUCAUCGGAGUGAAAGAAAAAGCAUCCUCAUUGUCGAGAAAGAAAGCAAUCCUAAACACUUUGACACCAGACACAUCGAGAGAAGAGGAUGAAGGGGUACAAGGGAAAAAAGGAGACAGAAAGAUGGAGCUCCUAGACUUUUGGACGUACUCAGCUCAGAAAGGAUUUCUCAAAUCAGACAGCGGAACCACCACAUCUUACCCGGAAUCACUGGAUAUGUGGAAUAUGACAAUCAGAGAUGACAGUCUGUCACCUCUCACGACCCCUGACAACUUGUCUGAAACCUCAGGUUCUUUCUGUAGAACGAACUCCAAUGUUGGGGCGGGCACAUCUGUGGAAAGUCCACUCGGAUACUCUGAAGGUGGAAUGGUGAUGUGGAACACCACCAUACGGGAAGACAGUUCUUCCACGAUAACAAGCCCCGAAGGACCUGAAAAUCAAAAGGACCUUAGUCACAUGGGAUCAUUGGAUGGCGGUGAUUCUCCUGAGACACGUGCAAGCAAACAGGUGGAAGAAGAAAAGGCUAUAGGGGAGGAGAGCGGUAUACACAAAGUGCUUAGUGAGACUGUCGACGAAGUGAGGUGGAGAGGUAAUGAACACAAUGUUAAAAUAGUCAUAGAGGCAGCUGAAAGUGAAACGAUGGGUGAGGAAACAGGUGACGACGACAUCCAGAACUUGGUGUCUGAUCAUUCAGAAGAUGGGACUUCCUCUUACCAAGGUACUGACAUGUGGGACCUACCUGUGCCUGGCAUGGUCACCUCCACUUCAGAGUAUGACAACGUUGGAGCUGGCACUUGGAGCCUGACAUCCUCCCCUGAUGCCUAUGCUAGCCCCAUAGUAGACAUGGUACAGCUAGAGGGGCAGUCUAGCCCUUUUGUAGCUGUGACACAACCCAUGGGUGAUCCUCUGAGAAAGACUGAAUACGGAACAGAAGAAGAACAACCAGCCAACCAGGUGUUCCUUUUUGAGGGAACUAGUGAGUUGGGUCACAUGAUCACAAGUGGGAGAAGUUCAGUUGAGAGCAAGUACAACAACAAAAGUAGAGGAGGAUCAGAGGAAACUGACUGGAUGGAGCAACCCAGUGAUCAUUCACCCUUUGUUCUGGUUGACUCAUCGACUGUCAUUCAGGACACUUCAGCCAGUCAUCAUUCACGUCCAGGAGAUGAUGCCAAGACUCAAAUUCAGGCUGACCAGUCAUUAUCCCCAGGCCUUGUUGAUUGGGACCAUUUUGUCUCCAAGAAACAUGAUAGCUCUGAAUCAACAUCAUCAUCACAUGAUCUGCCAGUCAACACGGCAUACACUGAUGAUGAGUCUACCACAAAAAGGCAAGGUGGUCUGAAUAAUGAGAGCAUUGGAAAGGAGGCUAAAACAACAGAAACCGUGUCUCUGAGCUCCAGCUCUGGGGGGGAGAGAGACGCCAUGAAGUAUAGCCCCGACGGCCUUCUGCCAGGCAGUCGAGAUGAACUUCGGUCCAAUUCUGACGGAGAUUCAUCAUCGGGCCUAGAAAUGGAAUACAUCAUCGUGUCUGGCACAGUGAAAGAAGCUGAGAGAGAGUGGCGCGAUCGGCCUAAACAUGGUAACAGGCAAUCAAAAGGAACAAGAAGAUCCAUGGAGACGUUUAGCAUGCUGUCCUACGCUGCCACAGUACUGCAAUCCCAGGCCCAAGCUUCACAAAGAGAGCAACAGGGGAGCACGGAACAAAGUCGGCAAAACCAAAUGAUCAGGAGUCCUGACAGUCCAAUAAGUACAGAUACAGACCAAAAUCCAGCUGUUUUAUCUACUCAUUACCAAGCAAGUCUUGAUCAUGCCACUGAGCAUUGCUUGGUGCCAGAAGUGAUCACGCCCAGCCAAUCAGCAAUUAACUCCGACGCUCUUCAUCUGUCAGAUUCAAGACCAACAAGUUGCAGUCAAACACAGGCAGAAGACGGAAACGAUGACGAUAAAUCCAGCAUUGUGGUCAGAAGCAUGUCUCCAUCAUUAAGAUAUCCAUCGGAUCAUUUCUUGAAAACCCGAGAGGAAGUUUAUGUUCAUUCACAGAUCUCGAUGGAAGAUUCGGAUGAGGGCGGGCAGUCGCCCUCUGCACCUCCACCAUGUCCGACGUCUUUGGGGGAAUUUAAAGUCUGGAGGGGGCAGGACACACCUAGAACCACUUCUGACCCGCAGUCACCUGUCUGUACCAACAGUUCGGUCUCCCACUCCAGCUCUUUUAUUGGUACCCCAUUGAGUGAAUCAGGUAUUUCUACUGACAGAGGACUUGGGUUACCUUUUUCUGGAGAUUUAAUGGAAGAGGAGAAUGACGAGGAAGAGCAGAGGGAAACUGACACGGAGCACUCCGAUAUUCCCAAAUGGAGUGAGACUGAAGAAAGACAACAGUUACGUUCUUCUGAUCUGCUAAGUUUCUCUGAGGAGCUGAGUGGAGGGUUUUCAAGUCAACAAUCACAUUUAAAAACAGUGGAGCCGAAGAGGGACAGAUUCCUACAGAGUACACUGGAUUACUACGAUGAACAAUCUGGAAGGACUGCUGAUCGCGAUAAAUGGUCAACUCAACAACAGAUCGGAGACCAUGCAGCUUCUCGAGAAAGCUAUUCACCCGUUUUAAGAAGACACCAACAAGAUGUGACAUCACAAUUUUCCUCCCAGCCACCCAACGAGAACGCUGCCUACGAGUGGACAGGAAGUCAGAAUUUAACUCAGGGUCAAACCCAGUACGGCUACAACUACCACCACAUUGACCAAAGAACUGAAAACCAGAGCCCCCACCCGGCCUGCGUGGAUACAAAAUCCAACAGCCAGCAAAACACUACAGACGUCUAUGCUGAGUUUACAACUGAUGCCACAGCCAUGCAGUACGGAUCCGAGCAGGCUGAAAGCUAUUAUGAACCCGGAGUCGGUGCCGAGUACAGCUUGCAUAAUUCAGGCUCCAAGUUUCAAUAUCUGACGAAGGGCCUGUAUGGAGACAACUCUGACUCCGUGCACACCUCUGAACUCCAGUGCUCUCAGUAUCAAGCUGAUGGUCAGAGUCAGUAUCAGUCUGACCACGCUCAUUACCAGUUUGAUGGACUGUCGUUCUACCAAUCCGAUGUCCAGCCCGAAAGGGAAGAUCAUGCGCGGUAUGUGCCGGAGGAAUAUGUUCACUUUCUCCUGGAAAGACACUCCCAGAAGGGAGAAGGUGGGGCAGGGAUGAUGAUGAAGAUGGCCUCCAGUGAGGAAGCUGCUGAGGAGGUGGAUAACAGAGAAGAUCAACCCUCCUCAGCAGAUCUGUCAGGCGGGUCCAAUCAAAGGAGAAAGCUGGCAGCUCCACCAAUGAAUGUGUCACUGGACCGCAGUGAGGGUUCUCUCCCCUCAGACGAUACCCUGGACACAGAGGACGAGGCCUUGGACACUGGUGACGACCUGGAUGUCAACAUAGAUGAGCUGGACACACCUGACGAAGCCGACUUACACGAAGAGUCAGAGGAGUCUGAUCAGGGCGCUGGAGCAGCAUCAAGUGAUGCCAUCGCAGGACACAGAGCAGCAGGGGAGAGCAGGGACAGCAGGCUGUGGAGGAGCGUGGUGAUUGGAGAGCAGGAGCAUCGCAUUGAUAUGAAGUGCAUUGAGCCAUACAAAAGAGUCAUUUCACACGGAGGCUAUUACGCUGAGCAGAAUGCCAUCAUCGUGUUCGCCGCCUGCUUCCUGCCAGACAGCAACUGUGAAAAUUACAAUUAUGUAAUGGAAAACCUUUUCCUGUAUGUGAUAAGCACCUUGGAACUAAUGGUGGCAGAGGAUUAUAUGAUCGUUUACCUGAAUGGUGCCACACCCCGCCGGAGGAUGCCUGGCUUUACGUGGAUGAAGAAAUGCUACCAAAUGAUAGACAGAAGACUAAAGAAAAACCUGAAGAUGUUCAUCAUUGUCCAUCCCUCUUGGUUCAUACGGACUUUGCUGGGAAUCACCCGACCCUUCAUAAGCUCCAAGUUCAGCAGCAAGAUCAAGUAUGUGAAUAGCCUGCAGGAGCUCGGUGAAAUCAUCCCAAUGGAGUAUGUCCACAUCCCACCCAGCAUCAUAAAACUGGAUACAGAAUUGCAAGACACGGCAGCUAAAGCCGACAAGACGGGGAGCUCCGUCGUUUGACGCUCACAAGAUACCUGACUGCUGCCAAUCUCCUCCCCUUACAGCAUCUUGCUGUACUCUACCGCAGCGUACCUGAAUAUAAGCCAGCCUGUAGCAUGAUGUGUACGGCACAUAGUUGUUAACGCCAACAACUGGAGAUGGAUUAGAGAGGAAGAUGCUGUUGUACAAAACAUCAGGCAGUUGCUUGUCCACUGAGGAACGAACCAACACGAGGGUGUCGAACAUAAUACUGUAUUUACAGUGUGGAGACUGUCACUGUGCUGAAGGGAAGAUGCUUUAUCCUUUACUACCGUAUGUUUUACAGCACUUGAUUGUGUUCCCCAUUCUGAAUGGUAUCAUUUGAUUUCUUUGACUUCAUUUUUAAGUUGAACAGUACUUAGUUUUUUUCACGUAAUUCACAUUGGAGGAAUUUCUGUGUUAUAUUCAUGUAUUAAUCCACCCUGUCAGUUGCCAUCUGUACCUUUUGUAACCCAUGAUAAGUAUGGUGUCUCUGAAGCCAUAGGCUCGUGACUCUUUGACCUUAUAACCAAAUACAUGUCAACAGAAGUUGUAUCACAGCCCUCAAAGGGAUGUUAAUACACCCUAACUCUGACAAUAGAUUGUGUUGUGAAAAGGACACAUUAUUUAAUUUGGGGGAGUCAGUGUUUACCUGAAUUUGAUCCGCACCUGAAAUAGUUAUUGUACAGUAACCUGUAACCUCGUCACUUCGUAAUGGCAUGAAACAGAAUGUCUCAGCUGGUUUUUGAAAUGUUUACAACGUUGAAGGCGGCUACUUUUACAUUAUGUCACCGUCUUAUUCAAAAAAAAAAAAAAAAAAAUCUCAUACAAUCUUUAAAAGGCUGUCUGUAGGCUGUUCUACUAACACUGUAUAUCACUGUGAAACAUCGUAUCAUAAAGAAGGUAGCAAAAAUAGCAGUUAUCUGUAGCUGCAGUAAUGUGUUGCAUGCUCUCAGUCGCUACCGUUUGAGAUUGCUCCGAAAUGGAACGAUUACUCGCCCAAAAUUGGUAAUUUUUGUGAUGGUUAUUAGGAGUGUGUGAGUGUGUGAAUGAGUGAGAGUGUGAGUGUGAGAGAGAGAGAUGAAGAGCGAGACUGUUAGGAAGCGAUGAAGAUAAUAUACAUGUUGCCUGAUGGUUUGAGAGUUACAGUAUAAAGGCUCCCCACUGUGCAGGUUGGGCUGUGUCUACUUUUAGUAGCUUUUUUCUUAUAUAUUUGUACACAUUUCUUUGUUGCUUGCAAGGAAUUCAUUGGUUCUAAAAUAUGUCAGAUGUUUUACCUCAUUAAAGAUGUGUUCCCCCGCACCAAAAUAUAUACCAUACACAACAAUGUAUAUGUUGCACACUGCAUAAUAAUUAAAAGUUGACAUCAGUUGACCGAC